CACUCCGCUGGUAUUGGUAUGGGCAGAAAAAGAAAUCUCACACGAGUUCAGCGCCAGAAACAAGAACAAGUGAAUGAAGAAAUUUUUCGCGAUAAUAAAAGUUGGUCUGCCGCGCCGUGUAGUGUGCAUUUGUUUUGAUUGAUGAUGAUUGUGGAAAUCUGUGCAUUCGAGCGCUUAUCAUAGGUGCAUCGCGACGGGGCAAAGUCCACGCAUUAGGUGACGUACAAGGAAUAAUGUCCAGAAAUUCCAACGACUACGCUUGAAACUCACCAACAAAGAAGAGGAAGCAGAAGCAGCCACUUCCGGUCCCCCACCUCAGCCGAGGUGCAGGACAUUCGACGACUUUUUGUGCUUUUUUGUUUUUCAAUUCCAUCAAUUCCGAUAUGAGCGUCGGGAAAGUGUUUACAUUAGGGUUGAAGUGAAAAAAGUUGGUCGGUCACGUACGGACCACGUCAGUUUGAUCGGGUCGGAAAAACCGACCUCCAACGAGAGGGAGAGUGAGUUGUGUGAAGAAGAGCUAGAGCAAGAGAAGGAGAGAGUUGUUUGAAGAAAGGAAAAUUUUGCGCGGAGAGUUUUCCGCGAAAGAGAGAGAGAAAAAAAACGCGCUGUGAGCUUUUGUUGACUUGUGAAGCCGCGGAAUUUACUUGCUGUGAGCGUAAAGACGGACGGAGACCGUCCAAAGUAGUUGGAUAUUUACUGCGUAAUACGCGGCAGAGUCGAGACCGAGAACGUCUGCCCGAAUCGCUGACCUAGGACACAGUCAUUCAUCGACGGACGUGAAGAACGAGGAGCUGAAGGCAGUUACUCAUCGUAGCUUGCAGCUAUUGGUCAACAGGCUGCCGCGCGUCGGCUUCAGUCUCCUGAGCAGUAGUAGUGGCUAAUCUCCCCGGAGGUUGCUGAAGGUCCUUCCGCGAAUCCGUGCGCGACUCGCUGAAGAGCACCACUUCAAAUCUGGGGCAGUCCAGGCGGUUCCCAUGCUAAACUACCGCCUCGUGUCGACGCACUUCCUGAAACAGCCGUAGAUCGUCCCGGGACCGGUCGUGAAAAUGUGCAGAGAUAGAGAUAUGCCACUUCGAUGAAUUAAUUACGAGCCAUUGUUCACUUGUUCACUACUGUCGCCUGUGAGACGGGCCUGAGAUAUUGAGAGAUCGCGCGAGCUAGAGAGAGAGCUUCAAGGUGUCAUCGCGCGCGCCACGAGUGUGUGUGUGUGUGUUCAAUCUGUUGACCCGCGAAAAUCCGAGUCUCUGCAACGGACGAUAACUCGCCGCUGUGUGUAACAACAUCUGCCAAAACCGUCGUCACACCUGACCAACUUGCGGAAAGGGAAAUCUCAUUUUCAUUUUCAAUAGAGGAAAAGAUCUACGAGACGUGACACCUACCAACACACGUGCGUACAACCCUGUUGCACAGCGUCCACCUUCUUCGUCGUCGACCACCUCCAUUGAUUGCUGCCCCAAAGAAGAAGAAGCUGAUUAAUAGUUCAACCGCGAAUCGAAGUGAAGGUGAACCGCGAAGUCGUGCGUGUGUGUUUGUGCGAACGUCGACUCGGAAGCAGCACCCGAACCCGGAGUACCCGCGGCGGCCACUCGCCGUGAAGCUUUCGGGGGCCGUUUUUGCAGUUGCGGCGCAAAAUUCCACCCAAAAUUGAAGUAUUUGCUAAAAACGUUUGGGAAACGGUUACAGCUUGUGUGUGCGGCAUGCGUCGCCCUUCACUGGGACAGAAUGAAGACGACCUUAGUCGUCUCACAACAGUAAUUUCCCCGACGACGGCCAGCUUAUCUUCGGCGCAAACGGAACACGAUGAAGGAUGUGACAACGGCAACAACGGUAACUGCGGUAACGGCGGCGGCGACUGUGGCGGCAAGCAAAACCUGCAGCAGCAGCACCAACAGCAUGGCGGCAGCAGUGACAGCAAUGGAGCAAUAUCGUCGGUUUCGCAGUAUUUGCCCAACCUAAUUAAUUCAUCCGAGUGGCAAAAUUGUCGGAAACGCAAGGAACGCCAGGACAGCACUUCGUCCAUCAGCCAGGACCGGAAGCUGAUCCGGUCAAACAGUGAGGAGCACCUGCCGAACUGUGGCGAGGUCAUUCGGCGCGUGUCCUCGCACGAGGACUUUAAGAAACCCGCGCCGCUGAUCGAAAUUAGCGUCAACAAGGAGAACAUAAUCGAGGAAGCUGCCGAGGAGCAGCACCUGCAGCUGGAGGAGGAACAGCAGCAGCAAAUUUUCGAGAAGAAUCUGAAGAACAGUUCGGAGAAUCUGAAAAAGUUCUUCAUCGGCAGUGAGAGCCUUUGCGCGGCUAGCCGAGAAGUCGAUGGCGGUCAAACGACCACGGCCAAAUCCGAACCUCAACAUCAUCAUCUGACCCAGAGCAACCAUCUGAGCCAUCACAACCAUUACAAUCGGCACCGACUGUCGCCAUGCCGUGACGUGUUGCGCUCCCGCAAGGACUCCGACUCGGAGCUUGACGGCGAGCACGAGCGACGUCGGCACUGCGAGCGAUUCUCCAAGACGCGACCUCCACCGGGUCGCAAGUCGGUGUCACCGCGGAACCGCACCAAACACUCGAAGCAUUCUUCGUCGUCGGGCAAGGACAAGAGUGGUGGCGGCGGCGGCGGGAAUGAUCACUUUUACUCCAAGCACGAUUCCCACCACUCGAUCAAGCACGAGCGUCGCGGGUAUGACAAGCGAGACAAGACGUCCGAGCGGGACAAGACCCCGGAACCGGACGCAGGACUUCUCGCAGAUUUUAAUGACAACAACCUGCUGGAGAAGGGCAACGAAUCGCCGCGCGAGAAGCAACUGCCCUGGGACCAGUCGUUCCAGGAUGACAGCGGUCCGGUCGUUUGCCAGCGCUUUGCCGACCACAACUUCGAGCACGCCACCAAGAUGGGCGGGUUCGGCGAGGUUCGCAGUCUACCGCCGAAUGCCACCAUGAAGCACCACAUCAGCUACCGGAGCACGGAUCUGCAUCCGGAGGCCGCCCAGAAACCAAUCGUCCCUGAAGCGAACAACAUGUUCGACGAGCGCAUCAAAGCCAUCAACCGGAAGCUGAGCACGCUCAAGAAGAAGCUCAACUCGUACGAGGAUCGGUUCGAGCGGGAUAACGGCUUCCGGCCGGCGCACGGGGACAAAACCAGCGACAGCUCGAUCCGGCCCGUCGUCGUGGAGAUCCACAAGCUGCGCAAGGAAAAGAACCAGAUCAAGGCGGACCUGGCGGUGUUUAACGCCAAGGCUGCGAAGCUGGCCGCAGCGGCACCGGCGGCCAGUCCGGCCGGGACGCCCGGCGACGAUGAGACGGGCAAGCUGUACCAGAUGAAGGAUACCAUCGCCGAUAUCGAGAAGCGCCUCCAGGAGAAACGUGACACGGAUCACCGCAGCGAGAAUCUCGAGUCGCUGUCGGGCGAUCAGCUGGUCGACGAGAAAACCUCCGUGCAGCGAGCGCUGCUCUACCUGGAGUCGAUAUACGGCCGUCCGGCGAGCCGGGAGGAACGUGACGCAGCGCGGCCCCUCUACGACCGCUACCGCAUCAUCAAGCGGCUGGUGAACCGGGCCAACUCGAUCAGCGGACCGUGCGGCAACGCGCAGAUGCCAACGAUUCUGGAGCACGAACCGCUGGCCAUCGUGGGCACGCCAACGCCCUCGACGGACAUUUCACCGCCGUCGGCCAACUCGAUGGUGCAGUCGCCGGUGGACAGUUCGGCCUCGACGGCGGCUCCCUCGACGGACGAGUCGGAGACGACGAGCAGCUCGAUCACGGAGAACAUCCACUCGAUGACGGUGGAGGAGCUGUGGGAGCAUUACGAUGCGGCGCGCGAGGAGAAGAAGGACCUGCGGAGGACGAUUAAGGAGUUUGAGCAAAAGUUUGAGGAAACGACGGGCCGGAAGAUGCUCAAACCGGACCGGAAGCUGAUCGAGGAAACCUACGCCCAGUACAAACAAAAGAAGGCCAAACUUCGACUGAUCGAUGCGCUGUUCAAGAAGCAAAUGUCGGUUUGAACAAGUUUUCCCUCUCGUGUAACAGAAUUAAAAGAAACCCACAAAAAUGCAACCGAUACUUCCUUUCAUUACCGUAUAUCUUACCAACCACGCGCCUUCUGGUUCAAGUUGGACCAAAAUUUAUUCAUUUUUACCACUCUCUCUCUCGGAUAUUUAUUUCAUCUCAUUACUCAUUCUCCAACUCAAAUACUCUCAUAAAUUCAUGUUUCAUUUAAGAAUCGUACGGUUUACCUCGCGCGCGUUUCCUUUCGCUUGUAUACGUGUCCGUGUUUUGUUGUUGAUCACAAGAUUAUAAAUUGUCGAAAGAAUAAAGAAAAGAAGAGCAAAUGACACUAAUCAAAUAAUGAAUCUUUAUAAGUGGAACACAGCAGAACAAUAUUAUAUCAACUGCAUACAUCAUUAAACACAUAAAGCAGAAGCAGAAAAAGGGAUAAACAUAUGCUAUUUUAGGGCUUGUUUACUUGUUUUUUAGUUUUUCACACACCUCCGAGGUGUGUCUAUUGUCUGUUACAUCAGUUUGUUAGUGUGCGUGUAACACUCUAUUACUAUUUCUUGCUAAAUACAACAAAACAACACACACACACGCUAGGGUUUAAGAGAUUGCUUCUCCUCAAGCUUGAGAGUUAUUUGAAAGUGAGGGCGGUUUUUUGCCGAGGAGAAUUUAAACAGUAUAUAUACAAAAUACGAGAAAAACAAACAAAAAAAUACAGCAAAUAUUUGCAAACAAAGAACUAUUCGAUUUGAUCUAGUGCAACACACUCACACACACUUACACACACAAUGUGAACGAUAUUUACAUUUCAAAUAUGAGACCUAAGCGAAAGAUACAUGUAAUGUAUUGACUUUUUUUGGUUUGUGGCAAUUAUAUACAAAAGUAAAGUUUAAAACAAGCAAAAAAAAAAAAAAUCUGCGAUCGGAGCAAGGGAAAAACGAAAA